UUCCUGGGUUCUUGAGUCCUGAACACACAUGGUCUUGGUGCACCUCUGGCAUGCUAGCCAGAUGCUCUCGCCGAUGGAUGACGGCAUGGCUAACUCUGCAGCACAUUCUGGUGAUUCUCCCUGUAGUCCGCGCACAGCGCGAUGCAGCGUCACAAGGAAGUUUCGUGGCGGCCAUCAUGGGCCUUGUCAUUGUUGCGAUCAUCAUCAUUCUUGCGGUGGGCUGCUCCCAGCGAUGCUGCAGGAGGACUGCUGCAAAGGCGUCUGACUGCCUUGCCUGCAACAACACUGGCUGUGGCUUGUGUGGCAGCCAGGACCAGGAAGCACAGGAGAGCCCGCCCUGCAUGGCCUGCGGGAAUACUGGAUGUGGGCUGUGCGGCAAAGAAACUGUACCGCAAGUUGAGCAAGUGUCCUGCGUCGCCUGUGGCAACACGGGAUGUGGCUUGUGUGGAGUGAAGGCUGCAGAGCCGAUCGCAACAUCCUCUGAGUUGAAGGUGAUGGUUCCCAGUCAUCCGCCGGAAGAAGAAGCGAUCGAUCGGGGCCCCUCGUCUUCCGUUUGCAAUUUCAGCAACCCGCCGACUCCGUCAGUCCCGAGAUUAUUCGUAUUCCAAACGCCUUCCAAAAUUUGUUCAGGUAGAGUGGAGCAUAUCUGAUACUGACGCGUAGCGUUCUUCUUGUUUCACCUUUAUCUCUUUAUUGAUGGGAAAGCCCAUCUAGCCUGAAAAGAGCGUGUAAGAGUUGGUAGGGAACUUUCACUUUGCGUGGAUUGUUUGGUUUUUCUGAAUAACGCAUUCUGUUCCGCGUUGUGCUUUGGUUUCUUGUGAAGCAAACUUCACAAGGCACACUUUGCCAACAGUUGUUGUCGGACGACUCCUGUGGUCCUUUUUCAUCCCCUGGAAGUCAGUCGCGUCAAAGAGAACAGACUGUCAAAA